UCUCUCUCAUUGUUCCAUUUUAUUUUUUUUUGUGAAACUAGGGUUAUUAAUAUUCUCUCCGUUUAGAAAUAGUUAACUUUUUACUAAAAAUAUUUCUUUUAAUUUAGUUAUUUAUUUAUGAAAUUAAGAAAAUUUUAUUAUGUUCUUUCAAAAUUAUUUCUAUUAUUAAUUGGCUACUUAAAGUAUAUAUAAUAUAAUUUAUACUUUCAAAACAUAAUUAAUAAUAUUAAUUUGAUAAAAUAAGCAUCUAAUUAAUAUUUUCUUAAAGGAGAGUGACAAGUCAAUAAGGAUCAACUAUUUUAAAAGGAGGAAGGUAAAUAAUAUGUCAAAAUUAUAAAUUUGACUACUACUUCUUUCAUUCAUUUUACUUUACUUCAGUAAUAAAAAUAGAUGUUUCAAUUUACUUGUCUGUUUUUACAAAUCAAAGGAUUUUAUUACUACUAAUAAUAAUUAUUAUAGUAGAAAAAAUAUGUAUUAUUAUUAGGAACAAGACUUAACAUAUGAGAUCCCUCCGUUCCUUUUUUAGUUGACACGGUUUUUUUUUUUUUUUUUAUAAUUAAACUAUGUAAAUUUUGAUUAAUAUUUUUAAAAUAUAUUUUUAAUUAUAUUAUAUUAUAUUACUUUUUUAUAUAAUUUUUGAAAAUCUAAAUAAUGCCAACUAAAAAGUAAGGGGCGAGUAUUAUUAUAUGUAGGACUUGGAGGGCAAGUAAAUGAGAUCAAUAUAAUUGCGUUGACUUGUUUUGAUUACUACCUAAAAAAUAAAUUAAAGUAAGUAAACCGACUUAAGUGCUCACAGUAUAUAUAUAUAUAGAGAGAGAGAUAUUUGUGGCUCAGUUCAUUUAUUCUUCAUAAUUAUUAUCUUUGUUGUCCAACUUAAGAGAGACAUUUAUACUUCGCUUUCGUUUGGCUUGUCAAGUCUUUUAGUUGAUCAACAUGGGUAAAGAAAAAGUUCACAUAAACAUUGUGGUUAUUGGCCAUGUCGACUCUGGAAAGUCGACCACCACUGGUCACUUGAUCUACAAGCUAGGUGGUAUCGACAAGCGUGUCAUUGAGAGGUUCGAGAAAGAAGCUGCUGAGAUGAACAAGAGGUCAUUCAAGUAUGCCUGGGUGCUUGACAAGCUCAAGGCUGAGCGCGAGCGCGGUAUCACCAUUGAUAUUGCCUUGUGGAAGUUUGAGACAACCAAGUACUACUGUACUGUGAUUGAUGCUCCUGGUCACAGGGAUUUUAUCAAGAACAUGAUUACUGGUACCUCUCAAGCUGACUGUGCUGUGCUCAUUAUCGACUCAACUACUGGCGGUUUUGAAGCCGGUAUCUCUAAGGAUGGACAGACUCGUGAGCAUGCGUUGCUUGCUUUCACCCUUGGUGUCAGGCAAAUGAUUUGCUGCUGCAACAAGAUGGAUGCGACCACUCCCAAGUACUCAAAAGCUAGGUACGAUGAAAUCGUGAAGGAAGUGUCUUCCUAUCUCAAGAAGGUUGGUUACAACCCUGACAAGAUCCCCUUUGUCCCCAUCUCUGGUUUUGAGGGAGAUAAUAUGAUCGAGCGAUCAACAAACCUAGACUGGUACAAGGGUCCAACGCUUCUUGAGGCUCUUGACCAGAUCAAUGAGCCUAAGAGGCCCUCGGACAAACCCCUGCGUCUCCCACUUCAGGAUGUCUAUAAGAUUGGAGGUAUUGGAACUGUCCCUGUUGGUCGCGUUGAAACUGGUAUCAUCAAGCCUGGUAUGGUUGUGACUUUUGGUCCUACUGGUCUGACCACUGAAGUUAAGUCUGUUGAGAUGCAUCACGAAGCUCUUCAGGAGGCACUUCCUGGUGACAAUGUUGGUUUCAACGUCAAGAAUGUUGCGGUUAAGGAUCUGAAACGUGGAUAUGUUGCAUCCAACUCCAAGGAUGACCCGGCUAAGGGGGCUUCGAGCUUCACUUCCCAGGUCAUCAUCAUGAACCAUCCAGGACAGAUUGGAAAUGGAUAUGCCCCAGUGCUGGACUGUCACACCUCCCACAUUGCUGUCAAGUUUGCUGAAAUCUUGACCAAAAUUGACAGGCGUUCUGGUAAGGAACUCGAGAAGGAGCCUAAGUUCUUGAAGAACGGUGAUUCUGGUAUGGUUAAGAUGAUUCCCACCAAGCCUAUGGUGGUAGAGACAUUCUCCGAUUACCCACCAUUGGGACGUUUUGCUGUUAGGGACAUGCGUCAAACUGUUGCUGUUGGUGUUAUCAAGAGUGUUGACAAGAAGGACCCAACUGGUGCAAAGAUCACCAAGGCUGCUGCUAAGAAGGCAAAAUGAACUGUGCAGUUCAAUUCUGGAGAUACCCAAACUAUCUACUAUAAUAAAGUAUGUUAUGCAGACUUGUUUUCCUUUACUCUUGUUGUUCUUGUUCAGUCUUUAAUGUGGUUGUUAGGUCCUCGCUUUCCGCCUUGUAUGUCAGGCAUCUUUUCGCAGAAUUGGGUGCUCGACAGGCGGUGGCAUAAGACAUAGUCGAGUCGUUUGGUCUUUCUUUUGAGGUGCCUUGGUUAUCCAAGAUAGCUCAAGAGUUCUGUUACUUGUGUUUGUUAUAAUAAAAGUAAAUCUUAAUUGUGUGCUGUAUA